UAGCUAUCUGUAUUUAUUUAUUUCAUUUUUAUUCAAGAAAAAAUGGAGAACACGAGCCAUCAAGAUGUUACCCAGAGCGCAUGAACGAUUAAACCUGUCUUUGGAUUGCAGUAGCUAGGUAGCUAGCUAGUCAUAUAAAAACCACAAAACACACAAUAGAAACGAGAACAAUAGCCACGUUCAUCCGUCUGCUGAGUUUUUUUGUUUCAUUUUGACCAUUUCUCCUGGAAUGAUGAUGCAUCAGCCGCUGAAGCAUUAGCUGUAGACUGUCGAUAUUUUACGAUACACUGUCUUUAAACCAUGUUCAGCUUUUCUCUCUCCAGACACACAAGAACAUGCUGAGACUGAGAAAGAAACAGAAGCAGAGAAAACAGUUCGCUAAUGGCACAAAAUAUCACCCUGUCUUGCGCACAGCUAGCUUAGUAGCUAGCUAAAUACAUCCGCCUUGCUAACAUCGUCCAGCUAGCUGGCUGCGCAGCUAGCUACUAGCCAGCCACCUCUGUACCAACAUGGAGCGCAUGUGAACGGUACACACGGGACCGACCAUUUUCAGCAAGGAAAGGCUACCGGAGAAAGGAACGAGGAAACGACCUAGCUACAAUCCCAACAACACAUUGUACAGCUAGCUAGCUCGCUCGCUAGCUAGCCAGCUAAUAUUUCUAAUGCGCGACCAAGGACUAUGCGACUCGGCACCAAGAGUUGAUUGCAGAAGGGAUGUCAGGCAGUAAGGCUCUAGGGGGAGCGCGGCGGCGGCGGACCCGGUGUCGCCGCUGUCAGGCCUGCAUGCGGACCGAGUGCGGCGAGUGCCACUUCUGCAAGGACAUGAAGAAGUUCGGGGGCCCCGGGAGGAUGAAGCAGUCCUGCCUGCUCCGACAGUGCACCGCGCCGGUGCUGCCCCACACGGCCGUGUGUCUGUCCUGUGGAGAGGCAGGCAAGGAGGACACAGUGGACAGCGAGGAAGAGAAGUUCAGCCUGUCUCUCAUGGAGUGCACCAUCUGCAAUGAGAUCAUCCAUCCGGGCUGUCUAAAGAUGGGUAAAGCCGAGGGGAUCAUUAACGAUGAAAUCCCAAACUGCUGGGAAUGUCCCAAGUGUCACAAGGAAGGCAAGACCAGCAAGGACCAGGGCGACGGCUCAGGGAAGAGGCGCAUGGAUAAUGGGGAGGUGGGGAGGUGGAAGCUGACUGACGACCCCCCUCCCAGCAGGAAAAAGGCCCUGUCUCUGGAGGAUGGGGUCAAGCAGGAGGGCCACAAACGCAAGAAGGAGAGGGAGAUUCCUCAGGACAGCGGACCCAAAAAGAAGAUGAAAGGAGGCAGAGAAAAACACUUGAAAAAGAAACAGAAACUCAACUCUUCAGAUGCGGGCGUGUUCAUUGGGUCCAACUCCUCCUCCAGCUCAGGCCAGGGGUCAGGGGGCCCCGCCAGCGGCCCCUCCCACGCCCUGGCGGCGCCGGCCAGCCAGCCCGCGGACCAGCGCUCGCACCAGCGGGAGAAGCUGGAGCGCUUCAAGCGCAUGUGCCAGCUGUUGGAGCGCGUGCAGGAGUCCAGCUCGUCCAGCUCGUCCAGCUCGGAGUCGGACUCGGCCUCCGACUCACACUCCAGCUCGGAGGGCUGCGGCAGCUCGGAGCCCGGCUCCCCCGCCGCCUACGGCAACAACAGCAACAGCCUGGCAGGCCGCACGCGGGACCGCAACCGCGAGCGCUACCGGCGGCUGGCGGAGCUGGGCUUCAGCGCCAGCGAGGACUCGGAGGGGGAGGGGGAGAGGGGCGCGGAGGAGGGCCGGGACGCCGAGGACGCGGCCGAGGGCGACAGGCCCCGGCGGAGGAGCGACGGCGGCGCCGCCCCGCGGGGGCGCAAGCCGGUGACUGUCGAGGAGGGCGGGGAGGAGAAGGAGGAGGAGAGAGGCCGGAAGCAGCCCCUUUCGCCCCCGCCCUCCCCGCUCUCCUCCACCCAGGCCUCCCCUUCCUCGGUCCACACCCCCCUCAUCACGCCCGAGGGGGGCUCCGGCAAGCACAGCAACGGCUCGGAGACGCGCAACGGGCGGACACGGGCGGGCGUGCGGGACCGGGCGGCCCAGGAGAGGAACGCCGUCGGCGGCUCCAACCACCGGCGCAGCAAGGGGGCCAGCCGGGGCAACAAGGUCCACAGCGGCCGGCAGCAGGGCCCGCCCGGCCUCAACCAGCAAAAGAACAGCACCAACGGGGGCAGCUCGGUGGGCCCCACCACCGGCUCCUCCAACUCGUCCGCGGGGAGCCCGGCCGCCGCCUCGUCCCCCAGCCUGCAGCCGUCCCGGCUGGCGCGCCGCUCCCAGCUGCUCAAGCGCAGCCCUCCCGCCGUGCCCUCGCCCCCCCGGCCCAUGCAGAUGGAGAGGCACCUGGUACGCCCCCCCCCGGCCUGCCCCGAACCCCACUGCCUGCCCCUGGACUGCGGCGAGUCACACGUCAUGCAGCGGGACGUGUGGCUCAGAGUCUUCCAGCACCUCAGCCAGCGGGAGCUCUGUGUCUGCAUGAGGGUGUGCCGAACCUGGAGCCGGUGGUGUUGCGACAAAAGGCUGUGGACUCAGAUUGACCUGAGUAGACAGCGCUCGAUCACCCCCUCCAUGCUGAGUGGUAUAAUCCGCCGGCAGCCCAUUUCCCUGGACCUGGGCUAUACCAACAUCUCCAAGAAGCAGCUCAUGUGGCUUAUCAAUCGUUUACAGGGUCUGGAAGAGCUGAUCGUGUCGGGCUGUUCCUGGUCCUGCGUGUCUGCACUGUGCCAAGCGGCAUGCCCCUGCCUGCGUCUCCUGGACCUCAGCAGGGUGGAGGACCUGAAGGACUCGCACCUGAGGGAGCUGCUGGCGCCCCCUGCUGAUGCACGUGCAGGUCACAGCGAGAACCGUGGGCGUUUCCAGAAUGUGACGGAGCUGCGAUUGGCCGGGCUGGACGUGACGGACAGCUCGUCCCGCCUGCUUGUACGCUACCUGCCCCACUUGACCAAGCUGGACCUGAGUCAGUGCUGUAAUAUCACUGACCAGACCAUCCAAAUGCUGACCUCUCCCAUCUCCCCAAUAAGGGAUAGUCUCACUCACAUCAAUCUGGCAGGCUGUGUGAAGGUGACAGAGCAGUGCCUGCCCCUGCUGCGCCGCUGUGCCUCUCUGCAGAGCGUGGACCUGCGCUCCUGCUGCCUGCUCGCCCCCGAGGUCUGCCAGCUGCUCACCUUCUCCUGCCCCGAGGACAGACUUCUGCUCAAGAACAGCUAACGGCUCCGCCCACGCGCGAGCGCGCGCACAACCCCCACCCCGAUCCCCCUCCCCUCCA